CACACACACACACACACACACACACACACACACACACACACACACACACACACACGGUAUGUAGCAAAUAACAACACAACAUUCCUGUUCGACUUUAGCUCGUACUUUUCUCAAAACAACAAGUACACGUCCGUGAAGUCAGCUUUAAUAUCGUUUCACCGUCACGCCUUUCAGAAUGCUAUGAACCAGCUCGUCCGCUUUGAUCCGUCCUGUGCUUGUUGCCAGCCUUGUCUGAUAAUUCAGUAUAGCAGACAAGCUAAUGUCGUGUGCGGAGAGAGCGAACCAACGCCUGCCUGCGUCCGCGUCGGUGUCGGCAUCCUACCCACACCGACGUCUCAUGGAAGGUUAGAAGAUGCUCCGGAUUUUCCAGCUCAUCUUUUUACUAGGCAGUUUGCAUGUUCAGCUGAAUGGAGUUGGGGCUUUUGAUGGACCUCAUAUAAGGCUAUUGGAUGGAGACAACGAGUGCUCAGGGAGAGUCGAGGUACUUCGCCACAACCAGUGGGGGACGGUUUGCGACCAUGGCUGGGACCUAAGGGAGGCUGAUGUGGUGUGCCUGGAUUUGGGCUGUGGCUUGGCCGAAUCUGCCCUUCACGGGGCAGCAUACGGGCAAGGCAGCGGGGAGAUCUGGCUUCGUCAUGUCCAGUGCUCGGGCCACGAGGCCAGCCUGAUGCGCUGUGCCACUGUCCUCCACAGUGACCCCCACUGCACCCACCUGAACGAUGCCGGUGUCAAAUGCUCAGGGACCCUGCUGAUGCCGUCGCUGUCCCUGCUGUCCCCAAACGCUGUGUUUGUUGCCGGCGAGGCCGUGCGCUUUAGCUGCACGGUGCUCCUGGGACACCACCUCAGCGACUUCCACCUGUACAAGCAGGGCGUGUCCACGCCACUGGUGACCCAGCGAGUGGACCAGUUCCAGACCCGCGUGGAGCUCACCCUGACUGACCUGGAGACCUUCCACCAGGGCAGCUACAGCUGUGUGUACCGGAUCAGGGGCAGCUCCCCCUCCCAGCUCCUCGCCUCUCCCCCCAGCAACUCCAUCAACAUCACCGUGGUGGAGCUGCUGACUCCCCAGCACUGGUACAACACGUCGACGGAGGCCCCCGUGGGCUCGGUGAUCAAGGGCCAGGGCUUCAACAUCACCUGCGUCACCAAGCAGCAGUACCCAGGGGCCUCCUUCCAGCUGCGCCUUAGCCGGUCCAACGGGACCGUGCGCCAGUCGCUGCCCGCGCUCACGCCCGCCGUCACCUUCACCUUCUCCAGCGCCCAGAGCUCCAACGAGGGCUACUACUACUGCCUGUACCGCGUCCAGCUGGGGGGCCGCACCUUCAUAUCCAGGGAGAGCCAGCCCCUGCCCAUAGCCGUCAGAGAUCCUGACCCAGUGCUGAGUCCUAUGGUAAUCAGUUGGUUGGUGUCGGGCCUGACGUUUGUCGUCGCGCUCAUCAUUAUCAUCAUCGUGGCCAAGGUCCUAUGCCAAAGGGAGGAGAAGCCGUCUGAGCUGGAGAGGGAGACGAGGACCUGUGUGGACAACACUUACGUUGCCUUAUCAAUCAACAAGAUAUGACGAGCAUUGCAAAGGGUGAAUACAUCCCAAGUCUGGCAAGACCUUGGAGCUGGCGAAUGGCUUUGAUGGAUCCUUAGUUAAACAGAACAUGUGCAUUGUACUCCAGUGGUCGACUGGCAUUUUGAUGAUGGCAAAGGCUUUGAUGUUGUAGCUUCAAAGUUGAGCCCCCUUGUGGAAUGGCUGCUGGGAAGUGUGCGGUUAUUGAUGAGGCCAGAGCAAACUCCAAAGAGCUGCACAGCGAUAGGUAGACCCCGCUCUACCCCCACAACCCCUCUUUAAAGUACUAAAAGCAGUUUGAGGAUGGGACGUUAAGUAAGACCAGAUGUACCGUCAUGCUGAACACUAACCACAACUAUGUUAAACAAACGACACACUUUGUGGAUAAAUUGGAAAGGACAGCGGGUGUGGUGGCAGUUUCACUGUAGUAUGUUCGGACCUCCUGUAUUAUAUCAUGGAUAUAGAAGACCUACCAAGGAUGCAAGGAAUUUAGAAAUGAAGUCCACAUUGAACUCGUACUAGACUUCAGAUUCACUCAGGCUAUUGCUGUAAUCCCAUGUUUAAAUGUGCAGAAUGGUAAUAGCGACUUGAAUGAACCUGCAAAGAAUGUGUUCCUCAGGUGUCCAUGUGUAGUUUGUAUGUACACAGGGUGUCCAACGUUUUAUUUAUUUUUACUAAGUAACACUAACAAGCUCCACUACGCCCAUGUCUUAUCUCCUACAGAUAAAUGAUCCUUAAAGGAUUAGACGUUUUCUAGUUUAAGUAGUGAGACGACCCCUAUUAUUCUAGUCCUUUAGCAAUAAGUGUGUAAAUAAACAGUAUCGUCAACUGUACCGCUCCGUGUAUUGGGAGCCACUGGUGUUAAACAGGUUUUAUAUUUCAGAGAUACAGGUUUGACUGUUAAAUCCGCCGAUAAUGCUGUAUUGUAUAUUUCAUUUUGGCAACUAAGGUGGCAACUGAGCAAGCUGAAUAUUAAAUGAAGUACGCUAUUGUUUGCCCUUCGUAGUAGGUUUUUUCCACAUUCGAUUUGGUAUGAAGGUGAUGGAAUUGUUUUUUUAACUUAAAAUGACAACUGCAUUUUAUAGGGUUGAUCAAAUUUAUUUUAAAUAAUGUAAAGUAUUAGAUGCAGUGAAUAACAACAAUGGUCAGGAAAUACAACAUGGAAUACGCAGUACAAAUGCUAAUUUCGGAAGGAAGUGACAGGCUCUCUUAUACAAGUGUCAAAUGUAACAGAUUCUGCCACCAGAAGCUUCUACUAAAUGUUUCUAAUGCCUUCUAAAACGCUUUAUUUAUUUAUUCAAAAAAUCCCCAACUAAAUGCUAACAUUUCAGCAGUCAUACAAUACAAUUUCUGUUCUUGACAGUUCGGUCAUUUAUGUACAUAGAUGGAAAACAACACGACUGAUCGAAAUAUUUUGUUCUUGCCACGGCCCCAGGGUUAAUCAAUAUGGACUGAAGAAACUGUACAUAAAUAAUAAAGCAAAUCUGUGCUUUAUACUAUAGUGUUGCUUUGGAAAAAUAGUUUUUAGACUGGCAAAGUACAUAUUCCUCGUUUAGAGGGAUUGGAUUUAUUCCAUACUUUUGAAAAAGUAUUAAAAAGGUGAAUGAAACACUGCAUUCCCCAUUAAAAUCCAGAGGGAAUUUACUUUACUUGUUUAAAAGGCUCACUAUGUGUGGACUCCAUGUUGCAAAUCACAAAGUACAGAAACACUGCAACAAUCAGAAAGACCAGAAACUGUACCCAAAGUGGAAUGAGGCGAUGAGACUUCUCCUCCGGAACGGGCACGCUACAUUUCACUGGGGUGGCGUUUGAGUAGGACGCAGUGCUGUAAGUCAAAGGUGUGUCGUAGUGCCUAAAAAAACAAUUAUAUUUUACCUCAAAGCAUUAUAAAAAGGAUUUCUGAAGAACUUUUCAGUGUAAAACAGUGCGCAUGUGCACGGGUUGGCAGACAAACAUGUACAUGGCUUCUACUGUGUUCAUUAAAGCAGUCAGAACUCAUUGCUACAAUGUACUGACAUUCCACAACAUUUGCUAAUGCAUCUUUGUUCGGUGCCUUUGUGAAAUGAGAAUGGGAAGAUUUGUUUACAUACAUGAGGACUCUAGGUACAUUGAAGUGAUUAACAAUGAUGACUAUUGCAACAAGAUUGUGCCCAUUUUUAAAGAUCCUUUAAGACCACAGCAGCAGUCUUCAGCACCAAUCAAUUAUGACUUAAUGCCAAACCCAUUCUGAUACUUUUGGUUGCUUCAUUGGUGAAUGCCACAAUCCCAAAAAAAAUAUGUAGGACUUGUCCUUUGAAGAGACAAACCUUAAAGUAAAUUCAAAUGGAAAAUUAGUUAGUACUUACUUGUCAACAACAUCUGGACUCCUGUAGACCUCAGACCUUGAUCGUAAGUAGGGAUUUCUAAAAGGGGAAUAAAAAAACAUAGUUUUUGUUGUGUUCUGUGAAAUAUGAAGAAAUGCAGUACACUGAUAACUUACGCAUCCUGAAGGUUCCUUUGAGCGUACUCCUGGCCUGAAUGAGAGUAUUGUUCCCUGAUUGGAAAUGACAUGUUAUCUUUAAGAGUUCAGAUAAGCGUGUUUCAGUUGCCGUUAUAGUAAGUAAAUGUGAGGUUAUAGAAUUAUUUCAUGUAAUUUUGAAUCUUACCUGUCUCCAUAGCCUUCACUCAUAGACUGAAGAAAAUAAAACAGGGCGUAAAGGAACAAUUGAUACAUGAUGUAUUUUAGAUACAUAUGAUAAAGUCGAUCAUGUUUUAGGAUACUUACAGGUGACCUAUAGCUCAAAUAGGUAACUUCUUCCUCUGAAAUUAGAACAACAAAAAUAGAUAAGAUCCGAUCGUUUUUUCUUGUAAUGCCUUGCUCUGAAGAGUUAUUACUGUGGAAUAACUUCCAAAGACCUAACAUUUAGGAAGUGAUCAAGCCAGCCAGGUGUAGACAAUGAGGUAGAAUGAGGAUGUUUGAAUAUGACAAUAUUCCCCACGGGAGUUCUCCUCUGUGCGGCCCUGUUAGUUUGUCCACCCAGGGUGAAACCCAUGUUGAAAUUGAAAGACUGUGACAAUGUUUUCCCAACACUUUUUUUUUACGUUAAUAAUGAGACCUCUAUUCACCAUGAUACCUAAAAAACAUGGGGUGUUAGGUAUCAUGGUGAAUAUAGGUCGCAUUAUUAACAUUAUUUUCUCAUAACGAGCAUCAAAUAGGAGCCGGGGAAUGUUGGUUAAUGUUUACACAAACUGUUUUUUUAUGGAUUAAUCUCGGAUAAACUCCGAACUCAGGAAGCUGGUGAAACAUAACGCUUGCUAUCUACCUUGUAUGUACAUGGAGAUAUUGCCAUAUGGACAUGGGUCUAGUAGUAACUUUCUUACCCUCUUCUCUGUAGAAGGUUUUGUCGGAGGAUGGUUUUGCCUUUCCCUUAUUACCCAUGGCCUGUUGUAUCUUCUUUUCGUACAGCGAUCUGGUUGAAUCUAUUGUUAGGCGAAACAAAACAAAUCAAUUCCAAUACUAAUAAACCACUCCAUAACGUAAACUCCAUAUCAACAUUAGGGAUUGUACUGACCCACAAUCGGUCCGUGCUUUAUUCCAUAUUCAUCAAGAAGUGCGCUUAUUUCUUGGUCGGAUUUGUUGCUCAGCGUGGACAUGGUGUUGUUUUGAGUUCCUUAAACAGGCUAACUUUGGUCAAACAGCGCGUGAAAUGUACACAAACUACGAUAUUAUACAUCCACAAUCUACUAAGACGAAACCAACUAUUUUGGUGCCUAACUAUGAAAUAUAGAGUAUGUUUGUUUCACUCGAUGGACAAGGGCAGUUCCCGCUUUGGUUCCCUAAUCUAAAUAAGUAACUCCACCCAUCUUGGCAACGGCUGUUAAAA